AAGCAGACUCCAGCUGAACUUUGAAGAGUGGACCUCUGAGCCUGACAAAGAAUCCUCUGUGGACAUCCUCAUAUCUAGUCUCAUUAAAAGCAUGCUACUGCCCUCUGCACUCAUCUGGGUCACAACCAGACCAGCAGCAGCCAGUCUGAUCCCUGAUGAUCUCUUCAACUUGGUGACAGAGGUGCGAGGAUUCAAUGACACACAAAUAAUCGACUUCUUUAAGAAGAACAUUAAGGAUGCAGCAAAGGCCAACAGUCUCACUGAUCAUAUCAAAAAGAACAGAAGCCUUCACAUCAUGUGUCACAUUCCAGUAUUCUGCCAUAUCAUAGCGAGUGUACAGGAUGAAAUACUGAAGAAUGAGAGCAAAGGAGAAGGGGCCAAAACGCUGACGGAAAUGUAUACAUUGUAUAGUGUAUCUCAGAUCACAACAAUGAGCGAAAAAUACAAAGACAAGAUGAGUGCAGAAGAAAAAGGUCAGUUGCUUGUUAAGCUUGGGAAACUGGCAUUCAAACAUCUGGAGAAAGGCACGCUGAUCUUCUAUGAGAAAGACUUGACAGAGUGUGGUAUUGAUGUUACAUCUGGAACAUUGAGGGCUGGCCUUUGUACUCAGAUCUUCAACGUGGCGAGUGCUACAACUGGAGAGGAGCUAUUCAGUUUUGUACACCUAAGCGUACAAGAAUUCUUGGCAGCUCUUUAUGUUCUUAAGAAAAAUUCAACUCACUGGACCAAUCGCCCCUUAUUCAAUACCUUGAAGGAGAAGACCAGCUGGCUGUCCAAACACUCUCGGGUUAACCUCUACACAUCUGCUGUGGAUGAAGCACUGCAAAGCCAGAAUGGACAUUUAGAUCUUUUUGUGCGCUUCAUUCUUGGACUGGCUCCAAUGUUGGAGCCUAAAAUCCGGUCCCCACUAGAUUUGAUUCUGCCACGUUUAUAUGUCAGAGAAGAGAGCAUCAGCAAAACAGUCCAACACAUCAAAGUGAAGAUCAGGGAAGACAUCUCAUCAGAACGGAUCAUUAACCUCUUCCACUGUUUAAAUGAGCUUGGGGACAACACACUGGUUGAUGAAAUCAACAGGUACAUAAAGUCAGCAGAUGAGGAGAAGAAACUGACUCCAGCCCAGUGUUCAGCUCUGGCUUAUGUACUGCUGAUGUCAACGGAGGACUUGGAGGAGUUUGAUCUGAAGAAAUACCUGAGAUCACAGGAAGGGUUCCGUCGAAUGCUUCCUGUAGUGAAAGUGUCAAGAAAAGUUUGGGCCAGGAAGCAAACUGAGGUGAGACUCAUCAAGUGA